AUGGAACCUGCAAAUUACACAAGGGUGACAGAGUUUGUUCUCACCGGCCUAUCACAGACUCGGGAGGUGCAACUAGUCCUGUUUGUUAUAUUUCUGUCCUUCUAUCUGGUCAUUCUUCCAGGGAACAUCCUUAUAAUUUGCACCAUCAGGCUGGAUCCCCAUCUCACUUCUCCUAUGUAUUUCCUGUUGGCAAACCUGGCCUUUCUUGAUAUUUGGUACUCCUCUAUUACAGCCCCUAAAAUGCUCGUAGACUUCUUUGUGGAAAGGAAGACAGUUUCCUUUGGUGGGUGCAUUGCACAGCUCUUCUUUUUGCACUUUGUUGGAGCCUCAGAGAUGUUUCUGCUCACAGUGAUGGCCUUUGACCGCUAUGCUGCUGUCUGCCGCCCCCUCCACUAUGCUACCAUCAUGAAUCGACGUCUGUGCUGUAAGCUGGUGGCUCUCUCCUGGAUAGGGGGUUUCAUUCAUUCCAUAAUACAGGUAGCUCUCAUUGUUCCACUUCCUUUCUGUGGACCCAAUGAGUUAGACAGCUACUUCUGUGACAUCACACACGUUGUCCGGAUUGCUUGCUCCAACACCUUCCCAGAGGAGUUGGUGAUGAUUUUUAGCAGCGGCCUGAUCUCUGUAGUGUGUUUCAUUGCUCUGAUAAUGUCCUAUGCCUUCCUUCUGGCUAUGCUUAAGAGACAUUCAGCCUCAGAUGAGAGUAUCAAGAGGGCCAGGUCUACCUGCUAUUCCCAUAUCAUCAUAGUGGUGCUAAUGUUUGGGCCUUCCAUCUACAUUUAUGCUCGUCCAUUUGACUCUUUUUCUCUAGAUAAAGUGGUAUCUGUGUUCCACACCGUGAUAUUUCCUUUACUUAAUCCCAUCAUCUACACAUUACGAAACAAGGAAGUAAAGACAGCCAUGAGGAAGUUGGUAAACAUGCAUAUUAUGUAA